CUCAGAGUGAGCUCACGCCACAGAGGUGUUAUCCUCGAUAAACUCUCCAGCUGCGGGUUUGCUGAAUUGAACAGUAAACAACGAACUGCUCUGUAAAACCAUUGGGAAUUUGGAUAUUCACUCGUACUGAAACGGGCAGGUGCACGAGCUUUGAAAGUUAGAAGAGGAGCGCGAGCAGAGAAGCGUCAGUGCGGAAAACAGCCAACCUAAAUUAAGGUUACAAUUAUCCUACAGGACCCUGGAGGGAUGUGUCGUAGACAGCAGGAAUUAAUGAAGGAGCAACACGAUUAAAGCAUUCGGGUCUUGUCUUAAGACAGGCAGAGUCGUUUUUCUGAACACCAUGUUAGAUGAUGACAUUGUGCACAAGUGAGGAAUUUCGAACCGCAUCGAUGCCAUGGAGAUAUUGUACGGGAAGGGAAGCGGUACAACAAUGUGAGUCAUCUUAUUUGGGCAGUAUUAGGCCUUUGUGUGUGGACAGGGGAUAACACUGGACUGGAGUUCUCAGGGACAACAGUCAACAACAUUGUUUUCAGCAGGGAUAGGUUUCGAAGAAGCUUUAUGCAUUAACGGGAUAUGUGAGAAACCCAGACCAACACAGGUUUUUGGAACUGUGGCUUCUAAAUGUGACAUGCAUCUCCAAUGAACACUGAGCCCAUCAUAGAUCUAAACCUGAAAAUAUCUGGUUAUGAGAACUGGCACUACAAAAGUCCCUUGGAGGUAAGAUGUUCAUGGAACUGCGUGGCAAGUGGGGCACUUGGACAGUCCUGCUGCUGUGGUGCAUAAAUUUAUCAGCCGCUGAUCUCAACUGCCCACAGAAAUGUAUUUGUAACCGUGACACACUGGAGGUCAACUGCUCCUCAAAACACCUCACAGGUGUGCCUGAGGGCCUGCCCAGUAAUGCCAAGCACCUCAACCUUUCUGGAAACCAACUGAAAACACUGGCCAGAAGGCAGUUCUCUGGCUUGUCCAAGCUGGAGGACCUGGACCUGAGCGAGAACAUAAUCUCUAUGAUUGAAGUAGAAGCCUUUCAGGGACUUAAAAACCUGCGAUACUUGAGGAUUAAGAACAACCGCCUCAAGAUCCUACCAGUUGGGGUCUUUUCAGGCCUCUCCAACCUUCAAUGUCUGGAUAUCAGUGAGAAUGAGAUCCUGGUUUUCCUGGAUUACACAUUCCAAGACAUGAUUAAUUUACAGCAGCUUGAUGCGGGAGAGAAUGACCUGGUGUUUAUCUCACAACGGGCUUUCGUUGGGCUGCAGGCACUCAAGGAGCUGAACGUGGACAGAAGCAAUUUAACUUCUAUCCCCACAGAGGCUUUGUCACAGCUCCAGAGCCUGACCAAGCUGCGUAUGCGCAAACUGACCAUCAGUGUGCUCCCUAAUAAUGCCUUUCGCCGACUGCACCAGCUACAGACUCUGCAGAUCGUCCACUGGCCUUCUCUUGAGAUACUAAAUAGCAACAGUCUGGUUGGCCUCAACCUUACAACUUUAGCUUUGAGUAACUGCAACCUGAGUGCUAUUCCUUAUGCUCCAUUGCGCCAUUUAGCCUAUUUGCAAUACCUGGACCUAUCCUACAACCCUAUCACCUCCAUACAGGGCAACCUGCUGGGGGAGCUUCUCCGGCUGCAAGAGUUCCACCUGGUAGGUGGGAGCCUGAUGCGUAUCGAGCCAGGUGCCUUCAGAGGUCUAGUCAACUUUCGUCUGCUCAAUGUGUCCUCUAAUCGUCUGUCUACACUGGAAGAAAGUGUCUUCCACUCUGUAGGGAACUUGCAGACAUUGCGGCUGGACAGAAAUCCUUUGGCUUGUGACUGCAGGCUACUCUGGGUAGUGCGACGUCGCCGGCGGUUGGACUUUGAUGGCCGCCAACCCACCUGUUCUGCCCCAUAUCAGGUGCAGAAGAAGGCAUUUCGGGACUUUUCGGAGGCUGAACUCCCGGUUAUAUUUAUAUGCAGACAGGCAAAGAUUGUAAACCGACAGCUGCAAGAUGCAAGUGUGGUGGAAGGUAUGAACGUACAGUUUGACUGCAAAGCAGAUGGCUAUCCAUCGCCUUCUAUUAACUGGCUGUCAGCCCAGCAGACUCCACUUAGCUCUGUGGGGAGAAUACGAGUGCUUGCUAAUGGGAGCUUAGAGGUGCGUUACGCCCAAGUACAAGACAGUGGAACUUACCUGUGUACUGCAGCUAAUGCAGCUGGUAAUGACAGCUUCUCUGUGAGUCUCCAAGUAGAGGGUCUCCCACAAAACCGCACAGCAUCAUAUUUUUCAGACGAGGGAUGGUUGGAAACAUCAUUACCUCCCUCUACCAACUCUACAGCACGGGUGUCAAACCCUUACCCAUUUGAUGCUAAAACCCUCAUCAUUGCUACCACAAUGGGCUUUCUCUCUUUCCUCAGCUCCGUGGCAAUCUGCUUUGUGUUUAUGUUUUUCUGGAGUCAGAGCAAAGGUCAGAUAAAACACACUGCCACUAUAGACUUUGUGCCACGAUCGUCCAUGGGUGGAGGUGGGGAUGGUGGGGACACAGGAAGAUUUACAAUGAAGCUUAUUUGAGCUGGUUGCAAACAACAUAAAAAAUUAAAGAACUCUGAGGAGCUGUUAACCAUUAGCUGAGCCUUGAAUUAUUAACUCUAAGUAGAGCAACUGCUAUCAUGUUGCAGCUUGCCAACAUAUCUUAUGAGUAAGGUAUAAAGCCUUAUGACAAAUUUUGAAAUCCUGCUUGACAUUAAUGUAAAUAGAUAUAUUAACUUCUCUUUAUAAUAAUGUAUUUUUAGCUGAGUAAUUAGGAAGUAAACCACUAUAACAAAGGAAACAUAAGUAGGUAUUAUAGUAUUGUGGAUUCAGCAAUGUAACUGCCUAAAUUUUUAUAUUGCACAGCAGACAAACAAAAAUCACUGACUUUCAGUGUUUGUAGGCAUGAAGGCUGGGAUACAUUGACACUGUAGGAUGAAGUUACAUACCUUAAAUAUCUUAAUUUCUUUCAGAAAAGCAGUAACAAUUUUUAUUAUUUGACUUUAAACUUUCUUUGUCUGGAGAUAAUAAUUAAUAUUUUCUUAAAUAAAUUAUAAAGUGUGUAUUUUAAUCAAAUUUGAACAUUAAUAACUAUUGUAUAUUAAUGUUAUGUGCCAUUUGCUUUGUCAUUGCUUAAUUUUAGUCUAAGAGCUCUUAGUAAAAUUAAUACUAGAAUAUUUUCCUUUGUGAGGGUUCUGGCACAUUAAGCCGUUAGAGAUGCCAAAUUAAACAAAUACAGGCCACACAGUGAUGUAUUUGAUUACAGUUCCAAAGCAGUUUUGCCUAAUGUAUCUUUGUAACACACACACACACACACACACACACACACACACACACACACACACACACACACACACACA